AUGGGCUUCAAAGUGAUGCCUGCGGGCGAGCAAGACGCCGCACGGUCGGUGGCGAUUGAAAAGUUGGCUUACAGUCGUGAUCCCAUCAGUAGCAUUAUUUUCCCCGGCCCUGCUGGGAACGACGCAGAUGCCGCACGGGAGAACAUAAUGCUCCAGAGCCUCCGCGCGGAUCCAGAGUCGUGUUUGUGGAUCAAGGUGGUCGAUGAGGACCGGAUCGCGCAGGGCCUGCACGGCAUGGUGUGCUUUGGCAUGGCCUACCUCUGGAAGUCGACGCCGCCGCCACCGACCAAGAAAGUCUGGGGGCCCGGGUCUAACCCGGAGGCGUGUGAGCAAUUUUUUGGUGGCAUGACAAGGGAGUGGAAUGAGCGGAUGGGCAACAAGCCGCAUCUCUACCUGAAGCUACUUCAUACGGACCCGGCAUAUCAGAGACGAGGCGCGGCUUCGAUGGUCUUGCAGUAUUUUGCGGACGAGGCUGACAAGCACGGCCUGGAGUCGUAUCUCGAGGCUUCGGAUGAGGGACGGCCGCUGUACGAAAAGUUUGGCUACGAGACUGUCCAAGUAUUGGUGACUGAUUUCAGUAAAUGGGGUGGCCCUGACAAGGUUGAAAACUGCCUGAUGCUGCGAAAGCCAAGACCGAGUAGCCAGUGA